CUGAUAUUUCCCGCCAGAAUAAAGAGUGUGAAUAUUUAAUCUCUCAAAAAGUUGCAACAAGCAAAGUUAAAUUAUUUAAAUGGAAAAAGGUGGUGAACAGAAGUUGAUGAAUGCAGCAUUGAUGCGCAAAUAUCUGAACCGUCCAGGAAGAUUGUUUGUUAAGAUAUUCGACACAUCUAGUGGUGGAAAACAGAUCCAAGGAAUGUCAACAGAUAAGCAAAGAAUCACUGUAGAAUUGGAUACUCCUCUUGAUCAGCCAUUGCAAGGCUGGAUUGAAGUCGUUGGAAUGGCAACAAGCAGUAAUGUCUUUAGGGCUUAUGAGAUAAUCUGUUUCGAGCAAAACGAGAACCAGGAACCGUUUGAUGAGGAAUCGCACAAUGAAAUAUGCCAAAUUUUUGACCUUUUGCGUGAUGGAGAUUUAUACAAGUUCAAGAAUUAGAUUGAUAAGUAAAUCAUGUCUUUAUUAAUAAGUUUAUAAAAUAUUUCCUUCAAAUACAUCUCAUACUUUUUUAACAACUGGAACUUUUUGGAAUGCUUUUUUGAAGUUUUUGGAUAUAUAGUGCUGCUUAUCGAUAUUUGAGUCACACAUAAUGUUCAUCCUUACAUUCUGCUUAAAUCUUUGGAUUGUUAUAUUUGUUGAAUUAUUUGAUUGUGGCGUUCUAAAGAAGAUUACAUCCUCAAUAUCUCCUUCAUAGCAUGUAAUCAUUUUUGAUGGCUCAUAUUCGUUAAUUCCCAUACAUAAUGUGACUGAAAUCGCGAACUUCUUCGACAAAUAGUUGAUUAAAAGUUUCAAGUACAUUGAUGGAAUUACAGUUGUAAGGAAGUCGAAUCUAAUUUGAAUCAAGCUUAAUAAAUAAAUCAUAACUUGAUGCUUCCUCGUUUCUAUCAAUUGAUCGCGUAUAUCAGCAAAUUGUGAAAAUGAAGGUUCAUUAACUGGAAGUUUAAAUCCAAUAACACCGUUCCUUAAACAACUGACACCAUAAAGGUAUGAAAACGGAACUGAUCGGAAGUUAACUCUAAUAUAUGGAGGAAUUUUAACCGAUUGCCCUUCUUCCUUUAUUUGCUCAAAAAAAUCCAAUAAGCAUGACGAAAUUGUUGAGAACAUAACUUCUGAGUAUGACUGCCUGUUUUUCUUAGCUUUAGCAUGUAGUCGUUCAACUGGAAUUGUGUCGGACCAAGACACAAGUUUCCUUCCACAAAGUGCUGGAUUUAAGUAAUGUCCAUCAUCGUUAAUGCUCGAAAACAGUUCCUCAAUCAGCAUUCUUGGUGCUGUAAAGCAUAUGCUCGCAAAAUAAAGGCAUUCCUUAAAUGAUUUGAAUGACAAUGGGAUGUACUUCAAGAAAAACCCAAUAUAAGAAUUUGAAUUGAUUUCCUCAUUCAGGAACAAAUAGCGUCUUAAGGCAUUUAAUUCUCGCAGGAUGUAGAAUGGCGAUAAGAAAAUCCAGAUGCAAAUCGUCCUCAAAAUAAACAAUCCAGUGCUCUUAGCGACAUUUACUGGAUUUAGUGCCUUUAAAAUCAAAUUUACAACAAGCUUAAAAGUUAAUUGUCUUCUCUCGCAUUCUGUAGAUAUCAAGUCACUUAAAAAUCUUAAAUGCAACUGUGGAUCAGUACUUCCUUUUAGAAUUUUCGAACUCUUUCUGUUAUAGUCAAUAUAGGUGUUGAAUAUAGUCAUAACAAUUGAUGAGACUAAGUCAUACAGAUUUUGAGGACAUUUAGCAAAUCCAUCAUGAUGAUCAAGUGAGUCAUGCUUCAUAACAAAUUCAUUCCAACGAGAAAUUGUUGCAUCUGUUAUAUCCUCAUAGAUAGUCCUUAAUCCAACAGCUGGUCUGAUUAUCU